ACACUCACAGUUAAAGUGAAUCUACCGAGGAGAUCGUUGUCUCUAGCAUGCUAUAUCAUACGUUUAGUUGACAGGGAAUUUCUGCCACUGCUAUACAAGCUACUGUGAUUAAAUAUAUUUUGUGCUCUUUUUUUAUAUCUUAAAGAAAACUAUUUUUGUGAUACAGAUUUCUAUUUAUUUUAUCAGAUUAUAAUCAACAUGAACAUGAAUCAAGACAUACUUGUGAAGAUAUUUUCAGUCAUUCUGACUGCGAUGUUACAACUUCCGGUCACGUGGUCAUUUAGGGGCAUGCCGUUUAGCGGUUUAGAUAAACUUAUGUUGGCAAAGAGGGGCGAAACUGGGGAUUGGAGGGUAUCAUUCAAAGGGAAAGAGUUCUCUGAGACCACCUACGCUACAAGACACGAGGACAUUGUUCUAGAAUGCGAGGCAGGAGGCAGCCCUUCACCUACCAUACAUUGGUUGAAAAAUGGGGAACGAAUGCAACAGGGGGUGUCACGUGAUUAUCUGAACGAUGAAGCAAAAUAUGAAGAGAGCAUCAGUAAAGCGAGCCAGCCUAUGCUCAGAUUAGGGAAAGUGAAAUCCAAGUUAUUCUUAGACUGCGUAUCCGACAGGGACGAGGCUGAGUACGCAUGCGUCGCUGAAACACAGUAUGAACGCAUCUCCCAGAUUACAAAUUUGAAAAUGGAUAACAGUAUCUCCACACAAUCCAGAGCCAGUUGUUUAACAAAGAAGGCAUUCAGAGGUGAGCCAGCAAGAAUCUACCUUUGGACAGCAGUAAGAGUAGAGUUCUCUGGUGCCCCCGUGCAACUUUACUGCCGUGCAGAGGGUUAUCCGAAACCCGAGGUAUCCUGGAGAUACUCAGAACAAGGCCCAAAGAUUGAAAAUGAUGAAAAUUACACAGUGCUGCCAAACGGUGAUCUCUUGAUCAAAAAUAUCAAUUUCAUGGAAAAUAUGGGUGACUACUUCUGCACUGCUGAAAACGAAUCAGGAAUUGACGAAGUUUCAACCUUUCUUUACCCAACUUCACCAUGAAGAGUUAACUUUUGAUCACAUGACAGUGCGACACUUCCUGUCAGAUUCGAUUUCCCGCCUUUUUUCUCACCCGAGAUUUCAUCUUCUGUUGCCUUAGGAAAAUAUUUCCAGCUGAUUUUUUUUAUUUGCCGGAAGGAAACACGCGGGAAAGAGAAGUGUAUUUUUACGGAGGACGAUAUCUCAAUCAGAUGUUGUUGUUAUUGUAGAUGUUGUUGUUUUUGUUGUUGUUAUAUUAUGGUGCUGAAUUGAAUUGUGCCAGUGUUCAUACACUGAUGUGUGUGUGAACUCAACAAAAACUCUUUCUAAAUGGAAUAAGGAGAAGACAAACUAAUUUAUUUUGUGUUGCUUUUUUAGCAAUUACAGCAAACUAAUUGUGUUCAUAUUUCAAAUCAGCCGAGUAUCAUCUGACAGUUUAUUCUAUGUGCUAUGUUUCAUACGAUUUUGUUAGUUUUCAUAAAGUAUAUUCAUUAGGAAAACAAACUCAAUUGAACAGGGUAAAUUUUGUAUAACUUCAUAUAAGAAAUAACUUAUAAUUAUAACUUAUUUUGCUCUAUUCUUGAUACAGUCUUAUUUAUUUUUCUUGUAGUAUUUACACCACAAACGCAUAAUGUUUUCUUAUACUUUAUGUUUAUUAAUUAAUGAGAUAAUGGUUCUUACCAGUGAAAUAUAAUUUAUAUCAUUCACUGAUAUAUACUUUAUGUUUAUUAAUUAAUGAGAUAAUGGUUCUUACCAGUGAGAUAUAAUUUAUAUCAUUCACUGUUUUUUUCUUCUUUAAUGAGCAUAAAGUGAAAAUUUGUUUGUUUUUCGUGAAUAUGGGGUAUACCUAAUUUGGAAGGGAUUUAUUGUUUUUUAAUUUCACUGCAAAUUGUGAAUAUUUGUUCGGAAUUAUCACGUGUCUAUUGGGUAUGUUCCAAACUGACUCAAAACAAAUAAAUAUCAUUUAUAUCCGACUUUUUAGUCGUCUGUGAAAAUCCAUUUUCAUACAUAAUUCUUCCUGUAAAUACGCAUGUUCUUUAAUUUAUUUUUAUUUAUUCUAUUUAUUUCAUUUUAUCACUUUUUCGUCUUUAUUUCAUGAAAUGUUACAAAUGAAUAUACUUGCAUAAAUAUGAAUGAUUAAUGAUAUGACUGUUAUUGUUCCUUGCAUAUGAAAGAACGAGCAAAAAAGUAAAAAAAUCAACUGAA